GAGUCUAGGAUGGCUGUCUUGUCGCUUCUGUUGCUGGGUGGUUUGUGGAGCGCUGUGGGAGCGUCUGACACGGCUGUCAUUACUUGGGGCUCCCUGGUGAAGCUACUCAAUAUGCGCUAUGGGUCAGGUAGUGGGCAGCAGUCAGUGACAGGGGUAACCUCUGUGGAUGACAGCAACAGUUAUUGGAGGAUACGGGGGAAGACUGCCACAGUGUGUGAAAGGGGAACCCCCAUCAAAUGUGGCCAACCCAUCCGGCUGACACACAUCAACACUGGUGGAAACCUCCACAGCCACCAUUUCACCUCACCUCUUUCUGGACACCAGGAAAUGAGUGCCUUUGGCGAGGAAGGUGAAGGCGACUAUCUGGAUGACUGGACAGUGCUCUGUAAUGGACCUUACUGGGUGAGGGAUGGUGAAGUGAGAUUCAAACAUUCUUCCACCGAAGUUCUCCUGUCUGUCAUAGGAGAACAAUACAGUCGACCUAUAAGUGGACAAAAAGAGGUACAUGGUAUGGCCCAGCCAAGUCAGAACAACUACUGGAAGGCCAUGGAAGGCAUCUUCAUGAAGCCCAGUGAGUUGCUGAAGGCAGAAGUUCAUCAUGCAGAACUAUGACUC